AUGUCUAAUCAACAAUUUUUGAGAACUGCAACUCGAAUAGCUGCUCGCCCAAGUUACAUUCAACUGAAUCAUUGCGCAGCACUCCCUGCCCACAGACGUAUUUCUUCCACGAGCCCACGAGCAAUAACCUCGUCUCAAGCACAAAGAAACAAGAGCGAUCCGCUCCACGGCUCUUCAACUGCUACAUUAGGCAAACCCGGCUUUGAACAUGAAGGUACCCAAGCACGAACCGACGAUUCCAUUGUCGUCGAAUACCCUGAGCAGGGCAAGUUUCCACAAGAGCCAACCAUUCAAGGAAGAGGAGGACCACAUCUUAAGCGUACGCUGCCUCAGUUUUCUCUCGAGGGCCGAGUCGCAGUCGUGACGGGAGGAGCUCGAGGUCUUGGUCUUGUCAUGGCUCAGGCUUUAGUUGCUAGUGGUGCUGAUGUUGCUCUGGUGGAUUUGAACAAAGAAGAAGCCAGCACCUCCGCCCAAGCCCUCAUCGACCAAUUCCACAAAGACAACCCGAAAUCCGAAUCCUACGACCGCGCCAAGUUCGCUUCCGCAAAGAAAGAAGGCAUCUUCCGCGUCCCCAAGGUCACAGCUCACCAUUGCGACGUCUCCAACCCCACGAACGUCGAAUCCACUCUCAGCGAGAUCGUCAGUGAGCACAGCAAGAUUGACCACCUCGUCACCAGCGCCGGCUUCACAGAGAACUACGACGCAAUCAGCUACCCCUACGAACGCAUGAAGAAACUCUGGGGCGUAAACGUCGACGGCACAUACCUCUUCGCAACUGGCGUGGCCAAACACCUCAUAGAGAGGAAAGCAGAACGCGGAAGCAUGGUCUUCAUCGGCUCGAUGUCAGGGAGCAUCGUGAACGUACCCCAGCCACAAGCGCCAUACAACGCCGCCAAAGCGGCGGUACGCCAUCUCGCGGCAAGCAUGGCUGUUGAAUGGGCGCAUCUGCCGAUAAGAGUCAAUUGCAUCAGUCCUGGAUACAUGUUGACGGCACUGACGAGGAAAAUUCUCGAUGAGAAUGCGGAACUGAACAAGACGUGGACGAGUCUGAUUCCGAUGGGAAAGAUGGGGAGACCGGAGGAUCUGAUGGGUCCUGUGACUUUCUUGCUCAGUGAUGCGAGUCUGUAUGUGACGGGGGCGGAUCUCAGGGUUGAUGGUGGCUAUACUUGCACGUAA